UGAAACGACCGACCAUUCAGGGGUAUUUUGCAGUGUCAGAUACACGAAAAAUGUAUCAUUUAUUAUUUAUACCGGCAAUUAUUUCAAUCAUAAGCACAAUUUUUAUCUACUUGUGGUUCAAAAGGAAGUUUUCGUAUUGGAAGAGGAAGGGCGUGCCGGGACCAAAACCGUCGUUUCCCUUUGGUAAUGUCCGCGACGUGAUAAAGCGCAAAAAACAAAUUUUCCAGCCGUACUGUGACGCUUAUUUUCAAUAUAAAAAGAACCCCAUGGUUGGCCUUUACUGCUUCAAUAUACCAGUACUGUGCAUCAACGAUCUAGAACUAGCCAAACAUAUUCUAAUCAAGGAUUAUGACUAUUUCCAAUCACACGGAGUAUUUUCAAGUUCGGAAACCAGCGAUCCUCUCGGAGGUCAUCUCUUCCAUAUCCACGGCCCAAAGUGGAAGUCUCUUCGAUCAAAGCUCUCCCCAACAUUCAGUCCAGCUAACUUGAAGUCACUUUUCCCUCAUGUAAAGAAAGCAGCAGAAGAAGGUCUGGAGUACGGUGACUUAAUGUAUGAGAAUGGUACACCUAUCAAUUUUACUGAAUUUUUUGGUAAAUACGUGGUAGAAAUAGUCGGUAAUGUCGGUUUUGGAAUUAAAAAUGAUGGCUUUAAAAGAGGCGAAACCGAGUUUCAUGGGCGAUGCCGACAGUUUUUUGAAUACACGUCAAUAUAUUGGACAAUUAUAAGAGGCAUUGCGUUUUUCGCUCCAGAAUUUUUCAAGAAAUUCGGCCUGAAGCGUACGGAUCCCGUUAUUAAUAAUUUCUUUUAUAAUUUAGUCAAAAACGGAGUGGAAUUUCGUAAAACGAACAAUUAUCGUCGCAAGGAUUUUCUACAAAGGCUUAUUGAUUUAAUGGAUACAGAUAGCUCUCAUCAAUCAGAAGCUGCAGAUUCUCACUCUUUCACACUCAUUGACGUAGUAGCGAACACCAUGCUCUAUUUGUUUGCGGGCUACGAGACAUCAGCUACGACGGGGCGUUACGCAGCCUACGAGCUGGCCAAAAACCCCGACGUGCAGAGCAAAGCUAGAGAGGAAAUAUUAAGGGUAUUAGCGAAAUAUAAUGGGCAAUGUACUUAUGAAGCUCAAAAUGAAAUGACUUAUAUGAAUAUGGUUCUAGAAGAAACAUUGCGAAAAUAUCCACCCUUGCGAGCUCUCUUCCGCCGAUGUAAUGAGGACUACAAAGUUCCCAAUACUGAUAUAGUUAUAGAUAAGGGUACGUUACUAUUUAUACCGAUACAAGCAAUACAAAUGGAUCCAGAGAUUUUCGAAGAUCCAGAGAAAUUUGAUCCAGAGCGAUUCACCCCGGAGAAGAAGGCUACAAUGCAUCCAUGCCAGUGGAUGCCUUUUGGAGAGGGGCCAAAGAAAUGUUUAGGUGUACGACAAGGCUAUAUUCAAUCUAAGAUGGCAUUGGUCCAACUUCUUUCGAAAUAUGAACUGUGUUUGAAUGAAAAGACCGAGAACCCUUUGAAAGUAAACCCGUCAGCAUUUUCUUACUCCCCAUUAGGUGGAAUUUGGAUAAACUUGAAAAGAAUUGACCAGACGUCGUAAGCUAUAGUGUAAAACGUCAUAAGCGGGAAAUGGCAUAUUUUUCUUCAGUUGCAGUGAAUUUUA